AUGGUACACAUAAAAUGGAUGAACCAUGAAAAUGUCAUUGACGCGCAAGACAAGGAAGCAAGCAAUCGUGUCAAGAAGCGUGCAGUUUUGAAAAAAAUGGCGUCCACGACAGAUCUUGCGUCUAUAGUGCUCAACGAAAUGGAUCUUCCAGAAGAUUUAUUCUGGAUUUUUGAAGGUCAAAAUUUUGAUUCGAGCACUUUGAUUAAUAUAUCGAAGGACGAGUUAGUGGCGUUGCUGGCCGAGACUCGGAGCUCUGAGGGACAGACAUGGAAUAUCGAUGAAAUUUUCCGACGAAUCGUUAGCUGGAGGCAGGAACACGGACACGAUAUCAUCGGAUUUUCAAAAGUGGAGGUUGAAGAAUGUUGGCUAGAGUCACAGGAAUUAAUCACAUCUGAUGCAGAGUUUUCUCAGGAACAAGUGGUAGUUGUGGAAACAAGCACGAACCAUGAAAAUGUCAGUGACGCGCAAGACAAGGAAGCAACUCAAGAUGAAGUCGUGUGUCAAAAGGAUUCACCCACGCAAAGCUCUGUGUGUCCCGAAGUCACUAGUCAAGACUGUUCGGUGAUUGUCGCUAUGCCCCGUUUCUUGAACAACCCCUCAACUUCGAAUGAAACUCUUCCCACUCAAAUUCCCACGGCAACUACCAAUUCGUCAUCAGAUACACCUUCUGAAAACGUCAAUUCAGCUGCAAAUGAAGUUCACGAAAAAUCAAGCAAUUCAGAAAUAGGCGCCGAAAAGAACGACGGAUGUGCUUCAUGCUCGAUGCAUUUUUCUCCUGCUACGCUUACGCGUCUGCUGGACACCACCGUCACAGGGAAGCAGAUUUUACAAAGAGGAUCGUUGGGCCUAUUGUCGAAGGACAGCCAAAAGGAACUUGUGGCGAUUGUGGCAGACUAUCAUUGUCAGCGAGGAGCCGAGACGAACGAGCGAGUCCUCGAGGAAUACGUCAACUCCAUCACAGCCUUGUUUAAAGGCGAAACCAAAAGUAAGCAACUUUCUACAUUUUAUUAA